CUAAAGCAUCACUACCUCCACGGCCACUGCCGCAACUGCAAGUUUUGGCACUUUGUGCAAGCCCGGUGCUGUGCCUGUGAAUGCAGCCUUUGAGAAGUUUUGUAGCUUUCAUAACCGUGUGAUUUUUGUAUAUGAAAUGAGUGUCAAAGGGUUACCAUCAUUACUGGACAGGUUUAGAUAUCAGGAACGAAUAUCUCCAAGGUUUUUGAAGUGUUCAUCAUGUCCAUUGAUGUCGGAAAACGACGUCGACAGUCAUGACCCUAAUAUUAACACUAUGAUGAACACUCGGCACAAAAAAGGCAACCCGCAUCACCUGAAUGCAAAGUCACCACCGAGGAUGUUAAACUCCAACACGUCUGAACAUGCCGAAUCAACGAUGUCUAGUCCAUCAUGUUCAUUUCACUCUCAAGACUCUGAAGUGACUUGUAUUCCUGAAACUCCGUCUGUUGUGUCAACUCCAAGCAGUCCUGUCAUGAGUGGAACCAAGCAUGUAGCCAGACGACAUGAAGCUAAGCUAAUCUGUAAUACAUUCUCGUCAGACUCAGAGGACUGUGGAACACCAAAGAUGAAACCAAAUUCUAGAGAAAGAAGACCUCCUGUUAAACCCAUAGGAGAAAGGAAAUUUCGGUCGAUAUCAACAGGAAGUGAGGAUCCUGAUUCUGAUGAUGAUACCAGAUCCAGUAGCCCGGUGUUUGGUGCUAGUUCAACUUGUCAUCAUAGUGAACAACAGAAACUUUCAGGUACCAGUGCAUGUGGUUCAUUCAAAUUCAACAAAACCCUCAACCUGGCCUCAACUUUUAAGUGGUCUCCUAUUCAGUACACUGCUCUGCCAAGUAGUUCAGAGUCAGACACAGACGCAACCACACUGGACAGCAAUUCUAACAAAAGCUCCUUGAACAAGGCUGGAUUAAGUGAAUUAUAUUCAGAGAGUCCACCUCCAACAGUAAGGAGAAAGAGGAAAAGGAGACGGAUUUUGUCUGAAGGUCAAGAGAGCAUCGAUGGAGGUUUUGAGGAAGAGAACAUUGAGACAAAACAGAAGGAAGACAUCAUGAAACUACAAGAAAUGUUUCCUCAGUUGAAAGCCAAGAAACUGAAGGAUACCCUGGUAUCUGUAGAUUGGUGUGUGAAGGAAGCAGCAUCUGUUAUAAUUGGUCAAGACAUUGAUGACGGUCAAUCAGAUCAAAAAGAUUCACCUAAAGGAAGAAGGGUUCAGAAGAAGAAGCGUCGCAAGGUAGAGCACCUGUCUGACAAGGAAAACAAUCAACGUUGGCUGUCCAAGUCCAAAAUGACUUCAUAUUUCCCAAAGAUAACAAGGCCAGGACAACAAAUCAGUAAGUUGAAGCAGAGACGUCCAGAUAAGGAAAUAUUGAGUAGUGAAGACGAGACAUUCUCUUUGAGUAGUGACGACUCUGAUGAAGAUGCCUCGUACGACAAAAAUGGUGAGGAGGAUGAAGAGCAGACUGAAAUGAAUCAUCUCAUCGUGUCUUUCUUCAAUGAUGCAACACCAGAGGAGUUACUAAGCAUUAGUCAGUGCUCUAAGGCUAAGGUCAAGAAGAUUGAAGCUUUGAGACCAUUUGAAGACUACAGUGACCUAAUUGCAAAGUUUGACGACACAAAGGGCUUAAGCUCCACCCUAGUCUGGAACUGUCAUGAGGUCUUUCAGAGCCAACAAGUCAUAACUACACUUAUGAAUAAUUGUGCCAAGAUUGCUGACAAUAUCCAAAGCAUAAUCUGCCAACUGCUACCCGAUCAGAAGGAAGAGACCAAUGAAGGGAGGAUUGAAGGACAAGUUACCAAGCAACCUGCUCACCUAUCAGACAGACUGGUCCUGAAGCCUUACCAAAUGAUUGGUCUCAACUGGUUGGCCCUCAUACACAGGCAGGGAGUUAACGGCAUUCUAGCUGAUGAAAUGGGUCUUGGCAAGACGGUGCAAACGAUAGCCUUCUUAGCUCAUCUGAUGGAACAAGGUGAUGGAGGGCCUCAUCUCAUUGUAGUUCCUUCAUCCACUCUAGAAAACUGGGCAAGAGAGCUUCAUACAUGGUGUCCAGCACUGGAGGUUAUCUUAUACACAGGAACAGUGGAAGAGAGAAGGGAACUCAGGGAAAAUAUACUGAAUGAAUAUUUGACAUGCAAUGUCAUUGUCACUUCCUAUAACAUGUGUAUCAGCAAUGCAGAUGAUCGAAGUCUGUUCCGUAAGAUGGGCAUACAUUACGUAGUGUUUGAUGAAGCUCAUAUGCUCAAGAACAUGCAAUCCCAGCGCUACAAGUUCCUCAUGAAAAUUAGGGCUGAGAGAAAAUUGCUUCUGACCGGUACUCCACUUCAGAAUAACUUGAAGGAGCUGAUAUCACUCCUUAGUUUUGUCAUGCCUCAUGUGUUCUGUGACAAUGCAGCUGAGCUACAGAAGACAUUCAGUCUAACUAAACAAAAGAGUGACGAUCCAUUGAAGCAGAGUAAAUUUGAGCGUGAACGGAUAGCCCAUGCUAAGCAGAUCAUGCAACCAUUUAUUCUGAGAAGAGUCAAAUCAGAGGUGUUGAAGCAGUUGCCCUCCAAAACUGAAUGUGUUGUGAAGUGUCCAAUGAUCAAAAGCCAGGAGGACCGCUACAAUGAAAUCAAAGCUAUGCUGUCAAGAGAUUUCUGCAGCCUAGGUGGUGGGGCUAAGAUGGAGAUGACAAAACUAUCCUGUGCCAUGAUGCAACUGCGUAAAGCAGCCAACCAUGAAGUGUUGAUGCGUCAUCAUUAUGAUGAUUCCACACUACAGCAAAUGGCCAAACUCAUGCUAAAGGAGCCAAGUCAUUGUGAUGCCAAUCCUGAUCUUAUUUUUGAGGACAUGUCGGUGAUGAAUGACUUUGAGCUGCAUAAACUUUGCCAUGAAUAUUCAAUCCUGACUCCAUUCAGACUCUCAACAGAUCUACUGCUUGCCUCUGGAAAAUUCCAGAUUUUGGAUAAGAUGCUGCCUGAUAUGAAACAAAAGGGUGACAGAGUACUUAUGUUCAGUCAGUUUGUGAUGGUUCUUGACAUCAUUGAAAGUUACAUGAAACAUCAUCAGUAUCGAUACCUCCGCUUGGAUGGCCAAACACCAGUAUGCGACAGGCUUGCUCUGAUUGACAAGUAUAACAGCGAUGAAGAUAUAUUUGUCUUUCUCUUGUCAACACGUGCUGGGGGUCUGGGUAUCAAUUUAACCUCAGCCAAUCAUGUCAUCCUUCAUGAUAUUGAUUACAAUCCGUAUAAUGACAAACAAGCCGAGGACAGGUGUCAUCGUGUUGGACAAAAGAGAGAUGUUACAGUGACAAAACUAAUCAGCAGCAACUCCAUUGAGGAAGGCAUGCUAAGAUGUGCACAGUAUAAACUGCAGCUAGAGGAACAAAUGACAAGAAAUGACUGUUCAGGUGAAGAUGCCAAGAAUGCCACGGAUGUUGCCAGGUUGCUGAAAGAUGCAUUGGAACUUUGAUGGAGAUGUGCUUGUCACUUGUUUGUGCAUUGUGCACCUUGACACAAUUAUAAUCACUACAACUACUGUACAGUCAACAGCAGUCCGGUAUUGGUCAAUUUCAGGUUAAAACAUUAGGAAAAGUAACUUUCAACAAGUCUCCGGUACUUUCCAUAAUUUAAUUGAGUGCUCUCAGGUGAUGCUUUCAUAAAGAAUUUGGAUGGAGCUAUUCACAAUUGACUUUAAAUAGAUUGGAGUCUUUUAAUUUUAUUUUUGUACUCCAUACAAAGUUUCAAAGUUGCUGCGAAGAUAUUUUGUUUUUAAUGGUCGUUUUUGAUGGGUGGUUUUCAUAUUGUAAUGUUGCAAUCACAUUUAACUAUUUAUAUAUGCAUGUAAUUAGUAAUUACUCUGCAUUUUUGGCACAGCAUUAAAUUGAAUUGUAUCCAAACCAUCUUAACUCAAAGAAAAAGAAGGUUUAAUAGUGAUGAUGACUCAUGUAAUAAAGGAAAUUAAUCUAUACAGAAGACAGGAAUGCAUUUGUAUUGAUGGUGUGUAAAACCCUAAUGUAUCGUUUUGUUUGUUAAUUUUGCAAUCUGGAGUAAUUCACUUUAAUUUUCUGUCAUGCAGACCACCAAACUGCAUUUGUUUUUGUUUUUUAUUUCAAUUAAACAUUUAAAAGUCUAAGGUUAGACACCGUUCCGUACUUACACCAAACUUUGGAAAAAGAAACUCAGUCUUAGAAGCUUGUAUUAUGACAUUAUUGAUGUUUUGUUGACAUGAAUAAAAUGUAUUGUGAGUGUGAA